GCAACAAGGAAGGAAAUAGGGAUCGACAGAGGAGAAGAACAAAGAAAACAAAAACACAAAAACACAAAAAACACAAAAAAAAACGAAAAAAAGAGGAGAAGAGAAGCGAAAAGGCGAAGCUGUCUUUCUUCUCUUCUUUUCUUUUCUUACUAUCAAAUCUUUCUUUGUUUUCCUCCAUCUUAACAUCACAAAAUAAGUGAAGUUACUAUAAAUUUUUAAUAAGGCAGUCCCUUUUAAUUCCAACAUUUGCUGCUGCUAGGUGUCAAUCAUGACUUCGAGCAAGUUUAGAAGAGCCUUGGGGGCGGUGAAGGACCAGACGAGUAUAGGCCUAGCUAAAGUUGGUAGCAGCACAUCUCUGGCGGACCUAGACGUGGCCAUUGUGAAAGCAUCGAGGCACGAAGAGUACCCGACAGAGGAGAAAUACAUACGAGAGAUUCUGAGCUUGACAUGCUACUCGCGCGCCUACAUCAGCGCCUGCGUCAACACCAUCUCCAGGCGUCUCAACAAGACCAAGAACUGGAUCGUUGCCCUCAAAACCUUAAUGUUGGUCCAACGGCUGCUGUCCGAGGGCGACCCGGCUUAUGAACAGGAAAUAUUUUUCUCCACAAGGCGCGGCACUCGCUUCCUCAACAUGUCCGAUUUUCGGGACGCUUCCACGUCCAAUUCGUGGGACUACUCUGCGUUUGUGCGCACGUACGCCUUGUAUCUGGAUGAACGGCUUGAGUUCCGAAUGCAAAGCCGGCGCGGGAAACGUAGUGCCUUUGGAAUCGACGAAGAAGAGGAUCCUCAGGAGCCGCCCCAUAAUUAUGCUAACCAGCAGUCAUGUCCCAGAGCCACGCCUGUGCAUGAGAUGAAAGCUGAGAAGCUUUUUUCUAGGAUGCAGCAUGUGCAGCAGCUCCUUGAGCGCUUCUUAGCAUGUCGCCCAACAGGUUUCAUCCAAUCCAGUUACCAUUUACCAUUUACCAUAUCCAUAACGCACGCACCUGCAUGCAAACGUUUCAUCCAUGCAUGCAUGGCUGCGCUCUUGCAUUAUCUGUUCAAUCAAAUCAAUAAUGUUAAGGAGACAACAUCAUUUCUAUAA